GUGCCCAUGUGUGUAUAUGUGUGCGAAUAUAAAAGUGAAAGUGAGGAGAAGAAAAUUAUUUUUAGUGCGUAAUAUAUAUUCAAAGUAUGUUUGUCAAACUAUCUGUGGUGCACGAAUUGUUUACAUAGAAUAUUUCUCAGAAAACUGUUUCUCGGAAAACUGAUUCUUGGAAAACUGAUUCUUGGAAAACUAUUGCUUUUGGAAUAUCACUAGAAACAUACAUACAUACAUAUAUGCUUGUUCUAAGUGUCUAGGCGAGUCCAUAUCCGCUUCCGUGUGUUUCUCCAUUCAAUUUAUUUGUAUUAACGACGACGACUUGAAAACAAGCUACAGAAUGUUUGCUUCGGAAUUAAUUACCAUUUUGACAGUUUUCAACGCCAUCCUGUACCAGUAUGGAUAUGAAGCUCAACCAUUUGCGGUGAGAUGCUACAACGAAAUUAAAUCAAUGAAACGAAUGUUCCGCUUGAAUUACCCUAAAAAUACACUGGCCCUAACUGUUGUUGCAGCACCAGAUAUGUUCGAGAAAACAUUGAUUCCAUGUAUUUGUGAAUCAAAUGUUACCGUUCUCCUAGACGGGGACCCGACUGAUAACUGUAACCAAAAGUAUUUCAAGAAAUUCUUUGCUAUAUAUCCUGACACUGAUUUCCUGUCUAGUUACAAGAUGCUGGGCCCCGGACAUCCUGUUAUUUUAUCACAGACAGCAGCGCACGUGUCAGGGGCCGCAUAUUACUAUCAGCGAAGAGAUGUCCCUAGGGAUACCUGGCCUGCAAAUAAGACAAUUUAUGGUGUUGCUAUUCAUCCACUGUAUGGAGGAUGGAUUUCAUUCCCAGGUGUCAUCGUAUUUAAGAAUGUUAAACUACCAAAAAAUUUCUCUUGUCUGUCACCCAAAGACGUGGUUCAUAGCGUCACAAAAAGAAUAAAAUUAUUAAAUGAAUAUAAUGAUGACUGGGCGAGUUGGAAAUUUGCAGAUAUCAUUCCUGUGGUGAAGAAAUAUACUCCAGAAGCAAAAGCAUACUUUUCGAUAUUUGGAAAAAAGCGCGAAGAAUUCGUAAAGGAUGUCAAGAAAUAUUGUACCAAUUCUACGCCGAUGUUCAAAAGAGACGUUAAAGUGGUUUAAUUAUUGACCAGUGCUUCACUAACUUCAAAUAUCAACAAGCAUUUAUGUUUUCUUUACUGACAAAGUAGGUAGCUAGCUAGGUACGUAUGUAUGCGUAUGAAUGUAUAUAUGUGUGUAUAAAUAAAUAAAUAAAUAAAUAUGUAUGUAUGUAUGUAUGUAUGUAUGUAUGAAUGUAUGUAUGUAUGUUCGUUCAGUAUUGAGGAUUCUGUUGUUUCAUGUAACCGUUGAAAUUCGAUUUGCGACACGAAAGUAAGUAUUGAAUGCCCAAGAGCAAGUGACUGUGAACUGCUUUGAAGGAGAAAAUUGAGAUUACAAGAAAAUUGCGACAACAUGAAAACGCAAUUUUAUUAAUUUACACAACACUGUCAUUUCUCAAAAUGAUUUGAAAUAAAAUACAAUAUUUUCGUG